CCCUGGUUGCACAGGCACAGCAAGACCAAUAAAGAGCGACCACCGCCGCCGCCGGCGAGGGUGCUGCUCGUUACUGAGCUGUUGCCUUCUGGAAGGAAACAGAAGAAGAAUGGCGGGGAUGCGUCUCCCGGCGGCUCGCUUCGCCUCUGGCUUCCUCCCGACGUCCACCAACAGAGCGAUCUUCCCCUCUUACUUCCGCCUUCACCCUCUUCGUUCCCUUCAGGAGCCCUCCCCCUCCCUUUCCGUUCCCUUGUCGUCCUCUCCACUCUUUUCAGAGAUCGUCGGGAGGCGGGCGGUUCACUCGGCCAGCGGCGUGUCGACGGGGUGCUUCUCCUCGGACCCUGAUGAGUUGAGGAAGGCGAAGGAGGGCAUUAAGGAGCUUCUCAAGAACACUUUCUGCCACCCAAUUCUGGUUCGACUUGGCUGGCAUGAUGCAGGAACAUACAACAAGAACAUUGAGGAAUGGCCGCUAAGGGGCGGAGCUAAUGGAAGCUUAAGGUUUGAAAUCGAGCUGAAACAUGGAGCCAAUGCUGGCUUGGUGAACGCUUUGAAGCUGCUCCAACCAAUCAAGGACAAGUAUUCUAGUGUGACUUACGCGGACUUGUUUCAGCUGGCGAGUGCCACGGCCAUCGAGGAGGCUGGAGGUCCAAAAAUCCCCAUGAAGUAUGGGAGAGUAGAUGUUGCAGGUCCUGAGCAAUGUCCAGAAGAGGGGAGGCUUCCAGAUGCUGGACCUCCCUCACCGGCAGAACAUCUACGCCAAGUUUUUUACCGGAUGGGACUAAAUGACAAGGAAAUUGUUGCAUUAUCUGGUGCCCACACCUUGGGUAGGUCUCGUCCAGAACGUAGUGGAUGGGGAAAGCCGCAAACUAAGUAUACUAAAGAUGGACCUGGUGCACCUGGAGGACAAUCUUGGACAGUAGAAUGGUUGAAGUUUGACAAUUCUUACUUCAAGGAAGUUAAAGAGAAAAUAAAUGAAGACCUACUUGUUUUACCAACUGAUGCUGUUCUAUUCGAGGAUCCAGGAUUCAAGGAAUAUGCAGAGAAAUAUGCUGAAGAUCAGGAUGCAUUUUUCAAGGACUAUGCUGAAGCUCAUGCUAAACUUAGCAACUUAGGAGCAAAAUUUGAUCCUCCAGAGGGCUUCUCAUUAUGAUGAUCCCAAAAAUGGUGCAACUUAAAAGCUUCUAGCUGCAGAAUGUUCACCAAGAGACGAAGAGACUCUUUGCAUUUAAGAUCAUUUUCAGCUAUUCCCACUUUCAGAAAUCCCAAUAGGCAUUAGUUGUUCAUACUGCAGGCUGAAAUAACAAAUUAAAAAAACCUUUCUUCCUUGUUGAACUUCUCUAGAAGCACAGUCAAGAUUUUGCAAUGAGUGAUUGUGUCGUAUUCAGUUGUUGAAAUAUUAUUGGAAGCAAUGAAGCAAUAGGAUCGAUGCGGAUGAAGGCAUGGCAGCGAGCAUAAGCCUCCAAAACCAAACAGAUUCGUUGACUUAUGAUUUUGAUCACCAUUUUGAGUUCCUUUUUCUGUUUACUGACAUCUUUGCUCAGCUUCAAGUAACCAUCUUUGCAGCUUGUCUGCAUUUUCUUUUAUAAGUUCUCUUCCUGGACA